AUGCUGAAACCAAGCGAUCCCGGCGGAUCGGCUUUCCUCAAGGUGGAUCCUGCUUACCUCCAGCACUGGCAGCAGCUUUUCCCGCACAGCACCCAACUCAAAGGCGGCGCCGGGCUGCUAGGCCACCUCCAGGCGCCCGAAAGAGCCGGCGUCGAUCCCCCGGCUGACAGCCUCCGCCAGCUCCCGGCCUCUCUCUCUUCGGCCGCCUCCUCUUCCUCCUCUUCUUCCUCGUCUUCCUCCUCUUCCUCCACCCCGUCGUCCGCCCCGUCUUCGUGCGCCGCCGCCUCCCUGGCCAGCUUGACUUCGCUGCCGGUGGCUCAGAUCCCCGUCUUUGGACCGAUCCAAAGCUCCGAUUCCCCCACAGGAGCCCCGGUCUCCCUACUGCAGACCAAGGACCUGGGCGGCGGCGGAGGAGGCGGAAGCAGCAGCGUAGCCAAGUGCAGCGACCGGGUGGUGGCCCGGUUCCGCUGCACUGCUGAAGAGCUGGACUAUUACCUGUAUGGGCAGCAGCGCAUGGAGAUCAUCCCCCUCAACCAGCACACCGGGGACCCCAACAAUCGGUGUGACAUGUGUGCAGAUAACCGCAAUGGAGAAUGCCCCAUGCAUGGCCCUUUGCACUCUUUGCGCCGCCUAGUGGGCACGAGUAGUGCUGCGGCGGCAGCACCUCCACCAGAGAUUCCUGAAUGGCUUCGAGAUCUGCCACGGGAAGUAUGUCUGUGCACCAGCACUGUGCCUGGUUUGGCCUAUGGCAUCUGUGCUGCCCAGAGGAUUCAGCAGGGCACCUGGAUUGGUCCAUUCCAGGGAGUUCUUCUUCUGCCAGAAAAGGUACAAGCAGGAGCAACCAGGAACACUCAGCACCUCUGGGAAAUAUAUGACCAAGAUGGGACACUACAGCACUUUAUUGAUGGUGGGGAACCCAGUAAGUCAAGCUGGAUGAGAUAUAUUCGAUGUGCAAGGCACUGUGGUGAGCAGAACCUAACGGUAGUACAGUACAGGUCAAAUAUAUUCUACAGAGCCUGCAUGGAUAUUCCCAGGGGCACAGAGUUGUUGGUGUGGUACAAUGACAGCUAUACAUCUUUCUUUGGGAUUCCUCUACAGUGCAUUGCACAGGAUGAAAACUUGAAUGUCCCUUCAACUGUAAUGGAAGCCAUGUCCAGACAAGAUACCAUCCAGCCAUUUAACAAAAGUAGCAAACUACCUUCUGCCACUCCACAACGAUCCAUAGUAUUUCCACAGACUCCAUGUAGCAGGAAUUUCUCUCUUCUGGAUAAAUCAGGGUCUAUCGAAUCAGGAUUUAACCAGAUCAGUGUAAAAAACCAGCGAGUCCUUGCAAGUCCUACAUCAACAAGCCAAUUAAAUUCUGAGUUCAGUGACUGGCAUCUUUGGAAAUGUGGGCAGUGCUUUAAGACAUUCACCCAACGGAUCCUCUUACAGAUGCAUGUGUGCACGCAGAACCCUGACAGAAAUUCCCAACAAUCCCAUUUGGGGGGCUCCAGAAAGGGGCCCUAUCAGUGUGGACACUGCUCCCAAUCCUUCUCCCAACCUUCAGAGCUACGGAACCACGUAGUCACCCAUUCCAGUGACAGACCUUUCAAGUGUGGCUAUUGCGGUCGUGCCUUUGCUGGUGCUACUACACUCAACAAUCAUAUCCGGACACAUACAGGGGAGAAGCCCUUUAAGUGCGAGAGGUGUGAGAGGAGCUUCACACAAGCCACCCAGCUGAGUCGACACCAGAGGAUGCCCAAUGAGUGCAAGCCAAUAACAGAGAGCACAGAAUCAAUUGAAGUGGAUUAACUGAUUGACUGGUUGGAAUUAAACUGCAAGGAAAGUCAUGAUUAAAUGUCACGGACACUUAAGCAAAACCAAAGAUUUCCUCUGAGCAACUUUCAAUCAGUCCCAGAAAACCAAGAGCAGUAAUAAAAUAAGUAAGAUGUUAAGAGAUAUUGAUCCUGGCGUGGAAGUGAAACCAGGAAAGAGAUUAUUUAUUUAUGACUAGGAAUGAGACUUGAUUUCAAUGGACAAGAAACUCGGGCCUGCUGGCAUUUCUAGCCCUCUUUCCCACCAUCAUGUACUGCUUUGUUUCUAAAAGCUUUUAUAAUUGUUAUUUAAUACCAAAGCAGCAGAUAUCAAGGGUUCUUCUGCCUGUAGCUAUGACUAAGAAUGCACAUGGACAUGUUUGUCGUUGCACCUUUCUUGUCGGCAUGACCCGAUGGACCCAGGUAUACUCCUUUCUGGCUGGGUUCUGUUGGGUUGUGUUGCUCUUGACAUGGCUAUAAUAAUAAUAAUUAAAAAGAUGUCUCUAUAUGGCAAAGCAGAGAAGGCAAUCCAAGACCACCUUUAUGUUGAUGUCAGACCUCUGACUGACUGUCAUUUCAUUUCCAUGGUUUCAGAACUCACAUUUUGUGCACUUUUUUGUAUAAAUGUUUUCAUUAGCCAGUGUUUCAUUGGCCCAGAAGAUCCCCGAAAUGUUAAAUAAACUUUGUCGUAUAUAUAUGUAGAUGU